CCCCACGAUGCCGGAAGAGCAGCCCAUCGCUGCGCGUGCCAUGCAGCUGCUGGAGGCGGUGCCGGAUGUGCCCGGCCGCUACAUCCGUGCCGUCUUCGUGGCGUCCAAUGUGCGCCAGGGGAAGCAUGGUCAAUACAAGACUGAGAAGGAUUGGGAAGAGGCCAAGGUGCAUUUGCUGUUGGGAUUAGACCUUCGGCUGGUGGAGAAUUCGGAAGCGCAGAAGCUGAAAUUGAGCACGCUGCGGGACUUCCAAGAUGUCCCUGACGAACUCAUCGCAUGCAGCAUUUUGACGUUGGAGAGCGAUGAGAAGGUGAUUGGAUUCACCAUGAAUGAAGUUCCAUCGCAGACAGGAGGCAGUCUCUACUACAAGGUGCAGGUCAUGGUGAAGAAUGAAGAAGGGAUUCGCUCCGAGCCGCUCUCGCGGGAAAUGUUUCCUUUAGUUCACUCCUUUCCUGGGCAUGAGGUGCAUUGGCAAAGCAAAGCGAACCCUGCAGCAGAAGUACGUGCCUUGCGAGCCUUCAGAGGACAUGAGCGCCACCACCUAACGGGCCUCGUUCACCAAGGUUGGAGCGACCCUGAACGUGCCACAGGUCAAAACUCAAUGUUUUGGAUUGACCUCUGUGUUCUGACCUGUGGCCUAUAUUACUUGGAUGUUGCCACGGAUCUUCAGCAACUUGUGCUGUUCCUUGCCGAGGAGCGAUACGAGUAUUUUGCCUUGAACUGCUUGGGCAUGGCACUGCCCAUGAUUAGCACCGCCGUUGAUGCUUUGAGAUGGAGUGAAAACCGGAUCGCCAGUCCCCAGUGCGAUAUGUUUAGGAGGCUUGUCCCAUCAGUUAUCAUGCGGAUGUUUGUGAUUUGCUUUGCAAUCCUGACCCAGUGCCACGUGCUGGUGUUGGUGUUUGCAUCAGCAUUGAUGCGUGCAAAGCACGAGUUGCUCCAUGGUGCUAAGCAUGCGGAAGUCGCUGAAGCGGUCAUCUCUGCCGGGUUGCAAAGCAACUACAUGCUCUUGAUUGUCGUAGGUGUUGAGUCUGUAUCGCAGGAAGCGUUCCAAGGGUUGACCCUUUCAGUUCUUAUGUCGUGUGCCUCCAUAGCUUUCGGACUGGCAAGCAGAGACAAAAUUAACUCCAAGGUAUUGAAUGUUCCAGGGAAAACAGGCUGGGGCCUGACCUUCUUGGCCUUGUUCCUCAUGAGGACUAUAGAAGUGGCGACCAGGUUGAUGGCAUUCAACAUGUGUCACUUGGCGACGAGGACUUCCUUCCCUUUUGGAGGACCAGUCGUUGUUGCACUGGUAGUUGCGUUGGCAAGACUCCUUUUUGCGGAGGCGGAAAGCUCCCAGAUUCUGGCAGCAGUGAUUGCCCAUCCGGGGCAAGUGUUGCUGGGGAGGCGCUCCAUGAUUCCACUUCGCUUUUCCCUUUGCCUGCACUGGCUGGUACAGGUGGCAGCGAUUAGCCUGCAAGGACUUGCGUCCACUGACAUGUGGCUGGCAGAGGCCAAAGUGGUACCAUGGCCGGUGAUGGUGGCAUCGCUGGCAGGCUGCAUCUGCAGCACGCUCGGCCUUUGUGCACUUGCACAUUUAGGAGAAAAUCAGAAACAUCCUGUUCUGGAAAUGUCAGCAAAAGAUCAAGCACUGACGUGCACUAUGCUUGCAGCUGCCCUGCAGCUUCCCAACGCUACAGUCCCAACCCUGGCGGUGGCUGAAGAAAUUUCACUGGACCUCCAGGCACUUGAGGAUCCGGAGAUCCUUUCAAAUCUUGCAAAGGCAAAGACUCCUCUGUGCAUACCGGACUUUUCGAUGCUGCGAAUCCAGUCCAACUUGGAGAAACACUGGCAACACUUGCCACAUCUCAACGUGGUCCACGCAGAUUUCUGUGAGUGCCGAUUCGAAGAGAGCUCAAGUUGGCCCUGGGAGAGCCUUCGGUGGCACCACCUCAGAGUGCUCCGCUUCAUCAAUCAGAAACUGGGUGCCGCAGUGCUGGACAUGGUGAGUCGUUGCACGGAACUCGAAGAGUUGAUCUUCCACAGCUGCGACGCCACGGAGCCCGAGGCCUGGCGGAAGCUCCAGGGCGCCCAGUGGCCGAAACUCCGAGACGCCUGUUUCUUGUGGUGUUUCCGGGAGAAGGACAGGGAAGAUUGUGCCGAAGAGGUGCUGCGGAGCUUGGCCAAGUGCUCCGAGCUGCAGAAGUUGGACCUUCAGUACAACGUUUUUCCCAAAACCAAGGCCUGGGUCAAGGUGCUCCAAACCGACCCCUGGCCUCAGCUGCAGUGGGAGAAGUGCGAUUUUGGCGACUAUGGCCCAAGCAAGGAAUUUCGACCAAAGGAGGCAGGAGAGAAAGAAGAGGAAGAGGAAGAGGUACCAGUGGCCCCAGCAGAUCCAAAGAAACCACUGCCUACAAUUGGCAUGCUGUCGAGGUGCUUCGCUCGCUUGUCCAGAUGUAUCCUCAAAGAAUCUGAGACAACGCAGGUGAUUCCGCCCAGAUGCCUCACACAUUUGUCGAUGACAAAUGCAUUGGAUGAACAACAGCUGGAUGCCGGGCUGCUGCCACUGCUGGCUCAGCGGCAGGACGUGGAAGUGCUCUACGCUGACUAUUGCAGACAUCUCUCAGCUUCGGCCUGGCAGUCUUUGGAAAAUGCCCAGUGGCCCGAGCUCAAAGUGGCCUUCUUCGAUCAAAGCUUCGGCACGAGAAGCCAGGGCUUGGAAGGCGCCCCAGCAGUGCUGCAGCUGUUGGCACGCUGCCUUCGACUGGAGUCGAUCGAUCUCGGUCAUUGCGACCAGAUCGCGGCGGAGGCCUGGGGGGCGCUCCGUGUCGCGGAGUGGCCUCAACUGAAGGAAGCCCGGUGGGAGUGGUGCUUUAAGUGGGGCGAACCAGCCUCCGGUGGGGCGGCGGUGGUGAUGGAGCUCCUGGCGCGGUGCCACCGCUUGGAGAAGAUCGGUUUGAGCCGUUGUGAUGGCAUUUCGGCCGAGGCGUUCCAGCUGCUGGGCACAGCGUGUUGGCCGGAGUUGAGAUCUGCAGCUUUCGACCGCAGUUUCGACAACUCCAACCGCUCGGCCCUGCCGGCGGUGCUGCAGAUGCUGUCUCGGUGCCCGAAGUUGGAGUCCUUGAACUUCAACUUGUGCAGAGUCACAGAGAAGGAGCUGCAAAAGCUGCCCGGCGGCUGUUGGCCUCACUUGGAGAUCCAAAAGUGCGCAGGCUUCAAGGUGUAUAAAGUUACGAAUGAAAUAAUUGAAGAAGAUGAAAAAGCUUCGGAAUUGCGACAGAACCAGCUGAGACGCCUCAAGGGUGCGGAUGCGACCAUUGAAGCUGCCAGCAGUGCUGUGAUUCUCAUCGAAGAUGCCAUGACCCAGGAGGCAGAUGCUGAAGCCAAACAGCCCAAGAGACGGAAGAUGAAGAUGGUGCGCAGAGCGCGCAAGAAGAAACCAGCUGCUGAGACAGAGGCAGCCACCGACACAGUGGAUGUGAAGGAGAUUGAAGGAGUUUGUGGAGAUUUGGAAUCUGAACGGCCCAUAGAGGCCAAGGAAGAGGAGAAGCAAGAGGCACCGAAGAAGAAAAGGAUCAGUAAGAAAUCAAUGCGUUCGGUGAAGAAAUUCACAGUGCGAAAGAGUGCCGCGGAGUCAACCUGAUGCGAACUUCACCAGCGGACUUAUAAAGAGCUGAAAAAGCACCAAGCAAAGAAGGCCCCAAUGGGGCAUGCGAGAAGAGAAUGCCACUUAUAACAUCAAGUGGUGGCUUUGCUGAAGGCAAGCCUCUCAUGUUUCACAGUCAUUGAUAGAGCCAGGCUGCACAAAAAGGCGUUUGUUGCCGGUUGACGGCCAAAACUGUUCCUGUCAUUGUUGAUAAGAUACAAGUGUGCACAGGUUCAAGC